AUGACCUCCAUCCCGAGGCAGGAGCUGCAAGCUCUGGUCAAACUGGUUAACAGUAACCAACUGCUCAACCGCCAGCUUUCCAGCAUCUGCCAGCUGAACGGCCUCACUAGUAGUGGCGUGAAGGCAUCGCUGCAGAGUCGCAUCGUGAACGCUAUCCAGGAGGCAUACAAUCUGAACGAUGUGACUCGCUUCCAGCAAAUCCAACGAAGCAUAGAAACCGCAAGAACAGGUGCAUCCUCUUCGCCCGCCUCUCAUAAGCAGGGUCGCCCUUCCGCAGCGACUACGCCCGUACCUAUGUUGCGGCAAGAUCAAUACUGGGGAAGCUCGCGCAGCGCUCGCCCUGGCGGUCUGAAUCCACACGCUCUGCCCAGUUACGGAUCGAGGCCAUCAUUUAGGAAUAGCCCGUUUUACGAGAUACAGUUCCGGGUUGGAGAUGUCCGCACUUGCGAAGCCAUGACCCAGCACAGGAAUAUGGUGUCUGUCCCGGUCAAAGUCAGCGAGAAUCCUGGAGUCAGCAGAGUUCUCGAAGACAAAUCGCUGCGCAUCAUGGUGUUUUGCGCCGCGGACAAUAGCGGAACCCAAGAUAUUUCCUUCCCCCACCAGUCGGAAAUCAAGAUCAACGGCAAUGAGGUCAAGGCGAACCUGAGAGGCUUGAAGAACAAGCCGGGAUCGACGAGGCCAGUCGAUAUCACAAGCUACCUGCGUCUGAAAAACGACAACCGGAAUCUCGUUGAGUUCACUUACGCGCUGACUCAAAAGAAAUUCUAUCUCGUUCUUUACGCUUGUAAAAUCACCUCAACUCAGGAAUUGGCCGAUAAGAUCAAGGUCGGGAAGAAGAUCCCAAAAUACAAGGUCAUUGAAGAGAUCAGCAAGAAGGCGGCGGAUACGGAUAUCGUCACCACGUCACAAGUCUUGUCUCUCAAAUGUCCUCUCUCCUAUAUGCGUCUCGAUGUCCCCUGCCGUUCUGUCAACUGCUCACACAUUCAAUGCUUUGAUGCAACAUCAUAUCUCCAGCUGCAAGAACAAGGCCCCCAGUGGCUCUGUCCCAUUUGCAACAAGUCCGCGCCAUUUGAGCAGCUGGCUGUUGACGAGUAUGUCAGGGACAUCCUAGCAAACACGUCCAAGUCUCUCGAUCAGGUCACGAUCGAACCUGACGGUCAGUGGCGAGUGAACUCGGCACAAAACGAUAGCAAGCCUACCAACGGUGGAAGCGGCCUCCUUGAUGAUGAUGACGACGACGACGAUUGGGGCAUUGUUGAAGUCAACCCUAUCCGCAGCCGCAAUUUCGAAACACCCAACCGCUCAGUAGCCAGCACAGCCACUCCCACCACAACAGUCAUGUCCCGGGAGAGCUCGGCCAUGCCGCGAGGCGUGGCCACAACGAGCGGCAAACGACUUCAUUCGGAGAGGGUAACGAUAGAUCUGACUCUUUCUGAUGACGACGAGGAAUCCACCGAACCGCCUCCGAAGAGACAGCAGUUGCAGCAGCCGGGUGUGAAUAGUUACACCAACGGCUACAGCAGUGGUCUACCGUACUAG